UCCAGUUUUCGAACUGCGCGGUGCUGCUGCUGCCUGGUGACAGAGACGGGCACUGCCGCCCCCACAUGUCCCCUGAUGGGUGACACUGACACCGGCGCCACUCCCAAGAUGGCAGAAGCGGCAUAACUCAAGUGACAGGACACUACAGAUGGCCGGUGGAGCAGCCGAAAAGACAGACGCCUUUGUGAGGAGUGGGGGGGCCUUAACUGCACCCCACCAAGGAUGGCGCCUUAGUCGGAAAGGGUUUCUGCCAGCACCCAAGAUGGAGACAAAGAGCGACAGUCUUUUGAUGCCACACCAAAGAUGGCGGCUAGGCGCGCCACGCCUUGUCCUUCCAGCUGGCGGCAUCACGCGCAUGCGCCUUGGGAAGGGGAAAAUGGCGGCCCGGAAGGACCGUGCUGCUUCCAUUCGGUUGAAUGAACGCGGCGCCGGCGCCGACCCAGCGCUUUCAGCGCGCUUUUCCGAUGUGCGAAAACGGGUUGUGGGGCCAGCAGAGCCGGGAGCAGCCAGCAGGAUGCAGUUCCGCAGGAGCAAUGUGGCACAAAUUCCAGUGAUGGGAAGAGGCUGGAAGAAGCUGGAUUUCAGACAGGAGGCCAUGGAUUAUGCACCAGAGAAGGAGCUGCUGAACAUGAAAGGCAUCAGUGAAAAGUGAAACCAAAGCUGACAAAAUCCCAGUAAGGAUGUUCUGGAACUUUAACCCAAGAUAUUCCACUGGUUUAUCUCUGAUGGCUGAAAAUGUUAUGGUGAAUUUGGAAAGUCUCCAAAGGGCAGUAAAGGUGAUUGGAGUUGUGACAUGACUUGUGAUGGGAAAAAUGCACCAGGACAGGACUGAACUGAAGAGAAGGAUAUUUUUAUAAAACACACAAAAGGGAUGUUGGUGCUUUCUAUUGGAGCAGAAUUUCUGUUCUGUGCAGAGAUAUCAACUCGUGCAAAGUCUGUGAAAUGUGCAUGGAAUAAUACAGGCACCUCUCCACGAGGCAGGAAAUAUUAAUUACUGGGGAUUAAUGAAUGAGCUCUCCUGACACUGCUCAGUUGGGUUUUCCCUCAGGCUGAGGCAGCCAAACUGUUCCCAUGGGCUUCACCAUGGCCACAGAAUUCCACCAGCAAUGGUCAGAGAUUAUCCAGAUCACCACUGGCUCCAAAGAGCUGGACAAGCUGCUUCAAAGGAGAAACAGAAACAGGAUCCAUAAUGGAGUUAUUUGGGGAAUUCCAUCCUGGGAAGAAGCAGCUGUGUCCCAGCCUGGCAGUCACUGGUCAGCUCCCCAUACACCAUGGGAGCAGCGAGGGAAAAGCCACAUCCGUGGGCACAGAGGGGACCUUCCACCCAGAGCGGCUCCUGGCCAUGGCUGAAAGGUCAGUGAGGGGAACACAGGAGUAGCUGGACUCACAGCUCAGCUGGAAAUCGUUUUCCACAGGUCCUGGAGGUUGGUCUGGCAGGUGUUCCCUUUGGAAAGCUCUGGUGUUACUGUUCCUGUCCCAUCUUUGCUGGUCUCUCUCCCCACAGCUCUGGUGUCAUUGUCCCUCAGCACGAGGUGAUUUCCCUCUCUUGCUACUGGGAGGGACUGGGAGCUUCCCAAGCAGCUGGGGACAGGACUGGCUGCAUCCUGUCAGCUCUUCCUGAAGGGAAUUUGACCUAACCCUGCUGGCUCCUCCCACAGCAAGGACUGCUCCCGUGUUCCCUGUCACCAGGGAAUAUUUGGCAGCCAAGGAAGGAGAGGCAGUGCAGUGGUGCUUGCAGCAGGCACAGGUGUGUCCGUGCUGGCCCUGUACAGGGUGUCCUUGGAAUCAUGAAAUCCUUCAGGCUGGAGAAGCCCUCUGAGAUCACGGUGCCCAGCUGUUCCUGGCUGUCCCAUGUCCCCAAGUGCCACAUCCACACAGCUUUAAAUCCCUCCAGGGAUGGGGCUCUGCCACUGCCCUGAGCAGCUGUGCCAGAGCUGGAACAGCCUUUCCUCUCAGAGACUUCCCAAUAUCCAGCCUAAACUCCCCUGGGAUCACUGAGGCCAUUUCCUCUUACCCAUUUCAAAUGGUUCCAAUCAUUCCCUUCCCUUUUUGUCACCACGGGUUGCAUUUUUUUCCCCUCUGUUUUUGUUCCUGCUGGGGAUGUGAGUUUUUCUCCAGUCUUUUGGCAAAGUUCCUGGCUAAUUCCAGGAGCUCCAAGGUUCAUCCCUUUUUCCCCCCUGAUUUUGCAGGAAUGGUCUCUGCCAGAGCUUUAACAGUGACCACCAGGCCCAGCUUCUGGAUCAGGCUAAAGACUGAAACUCCUUUUCCUCCCCUGCAUCCCCAGGGAUGCUCUGUGUCCCUGAGACGCUCCUUUCCUGUGGCACCUCAGGGAUGCUCCCCAGGGCAGUGGGUAGAGGAAGCUGUGGCUUCCAUUUCUAUCUGAUUUUCUGCAUUUCAGUAAUUCUCUGGAAAUCUGUUUUUAAUGAAAAUGCCCAGGAGGAUAUUGGUGACAUCCCAGGUUCCUGGGAUUCACAGGUGUGCGCUCAGACCAAGGGUUGUUCUGGCUGGCAGAAGCUGCACCAAUCUCCCAGGAAUGUCAGUCUGGAUUUGUCUUUUCUCCCAAUUCUCAGAUUGGGGGUGCAGUGCAGCCCUGCCCUGUGUAUCUCCUAGAAGAGUUUUGGGGUUAAAAAUGUUCUUUCAUAAUCUGCAAUACUUCUCUAGAACUCCAUCAAAAAGAAUAAAACUGUAUCAGUGUUGUUUGGAUUGGU